AUGAGAAUCCGCUUCAGCGUUAGACGGGUAUCGUUUCUGCUGCCCAAUCCAACCCCAAAUUGGAGGAUUCCUGUGAAAAGCUUUACAACCCAACUCUCCCUUCUUCAAGAUGCUCCACUGUCAUUCAGAUUCUUCUCUUCAUCGUCAACAUCCCCAUCCUCCUCAAAUCCCAACCAAUACUCUUUUACAGUGUCUUACCUCAUCAACUCAUGUGGGUUGACCCCACAAUCUGCUCAGUCCGCUUCCCAAAAGCUUCACUUGGUAACCCCAGAAAGGCCCGACUCUGUCCUCGCACUCCUCAGAAACUAUGGAAUCACCGACACCCAACUUCCCAAACUCCUACGAGUAUAUCCAACUUUGCUUUUGGCUGAUCCUGAGAAAACCCUUUUGCCCAAACUCGAGUUUUUCUAUUCUAAAGCUUUUACAAGGGCCGACCUUGGGAGCAUCCUCUCUUCCUGUCCAAUGAUCUUGUCGCGGAGCUUGGACCACCAGAUCAUCCCUUGUUAUGAUUUUUUAAAAAGCAUUCUUCAUCUCGAUAAAAGGGUUGUUUCUGCAUUCAAGCGCUCACCCAGGAUUUUUCUUGAGGAUGUGAACAAGUACGUCGUUCCAAAAAUCACAGCCUUGCAAGAAAUUGGAGUGCCUGAAUCCUCUGUCGUGUUUUUGAUUACUCAUUAUUCCAAUGUAGUGCAGGUAAAGCACGACAAGUUUCACGAAAUUGUAAAGGAGGUUAUGGAAAUGGGAUUCGAUCCUCUGAAAAUGGUAUUCAUUAAGGCAAUCCACGUGCUUGCUGGAAUGAGUAAACCAACUUGGGAACAUAAAAUGGAGGUUUACAGGAGGUGGGGUUUGAGCAAUCAUGAGAUAAUGUUAUUGUUUAGAGCUUUUCCCAUAUGUAUGAGUUUAUCUGAGAAGAAAAUAAUGAGCACAAUGGAUUUCCUGGUUAAUAAGAUGGGUUGGAAGCUUACCGCAAUCACCAGAGUUCCAAGCACUCUGAGUUACAGUUUGGAGAAGAGGAUCAUUCCGAGGUGUUCGGUUGCGAAAGUUCUGAUACUGAAGGGGUUGGUAAAGAAGGACAUGGGCUUAGGUACUUUUCUGAGGUUCACUGAGAAGAAGUUUUUGGAUAGGUUUGUGAUCAAAUAUGAGAAUCACAUUCCUCAGUUGUUAAAUCUAUAUAAGGGUGAAGUGGGCAUUCUAGAACUAGGCUUUGCAUCUGCGGAGAUAUGUGGAGUCGAACAGUUGUAG